GGAAGGCCUACAAUCAUCAGAGUAGAUCAUUUGUACUCGAGCCCAUGAACCCCCCCCCCACUAUUUUUGACAAAACCCUAGCCCAUUUCGACCGUAUAAAAGAGCCACGCCAUCUACUUCUCUCCGAUUCCAUUUCCCAAGUGUGUCUUCUUGAGCUGCAGAGAGGUCGAAAAUGUCGAAGCGAGGACGCGGAGGAUCGGCGGGUAACAAGUUCAGGAUGUCGCUUGGUCUGCCUGUGGCGGCCACGGUGAACUGCGCCGACAACACCGGAGCGAAGAACCUGUACAUCAUAUCCGUGAAGGGGAUAAAGGGGCGCCUCAACAGGCUCCCCUCCGCCUGCGUCGGCGACAUGGUGAUGGCCACUGUGAAGAAGGGGAAGCCCGAUCUCCGCAAGAAGGUUAUGCCCGCCGUCAUCGUCCGCCAGCGCAAGCCAUGGAGGAGAAAGGACGGUGUUUACAUGUACUUCGAAGACAAUGCUGGUGUCAUUGUGAAUCCCAAGGGUGAAAUGAAAGGUUCAGCAAUAACCGGACCUAUUGGGAAGGAGUGUGCUGAUCUAUGGCCGAGAAUUGCUAGUGCUGCGAAUGCUAUUGUUUAA